GGGGUGUUCAAGGGCCUCCUCAAAGCUUUCGCCGCCGCAUGGGAGUUUGUGGGCCUCCCAAAGCCGGCCCCAACAUUCAUGGCCUUGAGGACAUCUAUGUCCACUCAGGUGCAGAAGCAUCUUAGUCACAAAGAGGUCCAAAAUGCCACGGCACUCAUGUGCCACAGGCCACAAACGGCCCUGAAAUUUUAUAAGGCGUAUUGUUCUGUCGAAGAAGCUUUGGAACUUCGAAAAAGCAUGAGUAAUUCAAUUCAACUCUCCAGGAAACAGAUGGUAGAGUCUGGUUCUUCACUGAUGUCAAAUGAAGGUUUGGUUGAGGACUGUGACGAAAGAAAUGUCUGUCCAGUUGAAACCGUGGAGACUGUAAAAUCUUUGGCUCUCCAGUGUACAGCUAAAGCAGUUAAAUCUAAACAGGGUGUUAAAGAGACUGAGACUGUAAUUCCCCAGGGAAGACACCCUCACCAGGAUGAAGAGUCAGUUUCAGUUGAAGCUAUUGGAGUAUUUUCUUCUGGGGCAGAUGAGAAAACCCAGGAGCCGACUGAAGAAACUGUAUUCGUGUCUGAUAAUGGCAACACAGUUGAAGCUACCACAACUUCAUCCACUGCUGAGCAAAAGGAGUUAAUUAAGUCUCCACCUGCCAGCAAAAUUUGUGGCAGACAAAGAAGAGCAGCACAGACAUCAAAAAAGGAAAUGGCCAAAGCACCUGCUGUGUUGUCAUUAAUUGAAGAGGAAAAUCUGAGUGAAGAGGUUUUUGACCAACCCGCUGUAGAUACUAGCCCACAUUUACCUGUAACUGAAGAACAAGCAGAAACAAUGGUAAAAUCUGUGAGGGCAAAUAGGAACACAAAACAGUCAAAAAUGACCGUUGUAGUUGAGGUCCAUCGUGUUGCAGACCCUGAACCAUCAGUCGCUGUCGUGUCUAGCCGUAAACGUAAUGCAGUUACCAAGGCAAAGUCUGAGGUUACAGAAAAUGUGGCUUCAUCAGAAAAGCCUGUUAAGCCCGUUAAACAUACCAGGAGAACAGCAAAAGCUCCUGGAUCAAAGAAAGAAAAUACCAUAGCACAAGCAGAUUCUGAAUUUGUUGCAGCUAAUGAAAAUAUCAAGCUUUCGAGAAGAGGAAAGGCAGUGGCUCCCUCUGCCCCCAAGACGUCAACUACCCUUAAAAGGAAAAGUAAUGUGGCGAUUGAGGUAGCAGAUGAGUCCAUAAAUGAGGAACCUUUACCAAAGAGAAGAGGCAGAGUAGCCAGCAGCUCUGAAAUUGUAGCAGAGUUUUCCACCAAAGAGAAAACAUCUGAAGCGGAACCAAAAAAGGCUAAGCCUACUCUCAAGAAAACUUACAAUAGAGUUGCAAGAGGACAGAAAAUGACAGCCCAAGAACCAGAUCCAGCACCUACUAAGGCUCAAGCAUCUGUUUCAGGAAUCAACACUCGAAAAGUAAGGAGUGUGAAAAAUUUGAGAAAGUAGAUGUCCCCACAGAGGCAGCUCCUCUCAGAUGCAGCAGGAGGAAGUAAAGCAUUGAUUUUACAGAGUG